GCUGUUUGCCUGUGCCAUUGUUCAAUCAGAAAAAGAGGAACAGACAGCCUUUAACUUCUAAUCCACUUCAGAAUGAUCCAGGUAUCAGUACUGUUUCUGACAGUUACAGUUCCUCUUCUCUACCAACAGGUUGGGAGUGGGAAGCUGUGAAUCCAGAGGUGACACCUUUAAAGAAAACAAUGAAUACAGGGCAAAUACCAGCUUCUGCUUCUUAUCCCCCGAGAAGUCAAGAUUCUGCAUCUAAAUCUAUUCAGUCAAAUGUUGAAAGAAGCCAAAGUGGUUGGGGUUACAGAGGUGACAACAGAAAUGCCAGCUUGAGAACUUGGGAUAAAAAUGAUUUCAAACCCCAGUGUAAAACAGCAAGCCCAGCAGCAAGCAGUGAAUUCAGUUCUUGUCCAGUGAAUUUGGGAGCACAGCGACAAAGGCAGUUAGGAACACUUGAAUUUCCUAACUUACCUGAACACAAAGAAAAUGAAGUACUCAGACAGACAUGUUCAUCAAAACUUCCUGACUCUGCAGUGAAAGGCCCAGACACAGCCAGUACACUGCAGGCAUUUAAACCGAGUUUUCAGCAAAGUCCAUUUAAGAAAACAGUGUUGGGUGACAUUCCAGGAGAAAAGACUCCGAAGAAAGACCCCUUGCAUCCAUUGAAGGAAAAAGAUAAUUCUUUAAGAAUUAUUUCUGCAGUCAUUGAAAGCAUGAAAUACUGGUGUGCACAAGUGCACAAAACUGUACUUCUUUUUGAAGUAUUGGCUGUCCUGGAUUCAGCUGUCACACCUGGCCCACAUUAUUCAAAGACUUUUCUUAUGAGAGAUGGGAAAAAUAUUCUUCCAUGUGUAUUUUAUGAAAUUGAUCGUGAACUUCCAAGACUGAUUAGAGGCCGAGUUCACAGGUGUGUUGGACACUACAACCCAGACAAAAACAUUUUCAAGUGUGUUUCUGUCAGACCAGCAUCUACUUCGGAACAAAAGACUUUGCAGGCAUUUGUUACAAUUGCUGAUGCUGAGAUGAAGUAUCACACCAGAGUAAUGAAUGAAAUGUAAAUAGUGACAAAGGCUGUUAUGCAAGUUUCUUUUGUAUAAUUAGAAGCAUUUACUCUUACUAAUUUACCACUUGCAAGGUUUUAUCACUCUUGUUUUCCUGUAUUUCACUAAUUUAAAAAAAUAAAGCAUUUCUUACAGAUUUGACCAAAAUAGCUAGAUUUUUUUUUAAAUGUUGAAGUUUUAUUGAACUGUGCUUUACAUAUCAGCUAAAUCCCCAUUUAAAUCAUGGACUUUAAGUUUUUAGGAUGUUCACAAAGUUAUACAACCAUUGCCAUUAUCUAGAUCCAGAAAAUUUCAUCACUGCCAUAGAACACACCCAUCAACAGUUGCUCUCCAUCUCUUCUCGGGACUACUAGCUCCUACUAGCUAUGAUUUUUUUCUGUUCUGUGCAUUUCAAACUAGAGCUAGUUUUCAUAUAUGCUAAAUGAUUUUUAAAAUUUACUAA